GCAGUGGUGCAAGUGAACUAAAGAAAUGUCAAACCUUCAAUUUAUCAUUCUGUUUUGCUUAAUACUCAACGUAAAUCUUCAACAAUAUAAUUAUCCCAAACUCAAUCGUGGAUUAAGUGACAGGAACUGUGGAGCAAAAACCUCUUGGUUUUUAUGUGACUACGAAUCAUAUGGAAUCAAACCAGCUUUUGAGAACUCGAUAUGCAUACAAAGUGGUAUGACGAGCUGUGUCUCAACAUUUUUUUUUAUUUUUUCACGCGGUCAUCUCAGUUUAUCCGUCUAUCUCAGACUGAAUUCAGAUAAAAGUGGUUUGAAAAUUACUAUAUUUGAUCAAUAUGAUAUUUCGAGAGUUACUUACGACUACAAUAAGUUCAAUGACGGAUAUAAUGAUGGGUGGAAUACAAUUGUGCUACAUAUUGGUGAAGAAUUCGUUGGAUACAUUAACUUCUUAGGUCUAAGUAAUAAUGAUGACGUUAUCUUACUAGACCCUUUUGGGUUAAUUGAUGUGAAUCUAAAUUCUGGUCAAAAUACAAUAAUAAUGAAACAAGACACGGUAGUUCAAGCUGAAUCAAAAACUCAUUAUAAAGUUAAACGUGAUACCGUAGACUUAUCAAAGCCGAAUCCUAGUAAAAAAACUAUCAGUUUUUUGGAAGAAUUACAAAUAAAAGAUCUGAAUGUAAAUCCUGGUAAAUCAAAGCCUGAACUCCAACCUGAGUCUGAACUGGAACCUGAAUCACAGCUGGAGCUGGAUUCCGAGCCUGAACCAGAGCCGGAAUCUGAACCAGAACCUGAAACACAGCUUGAGCCUAAACUAAAACUGGAACCUCAGGCAGAUACCGAACCUGAACCCGAAUCUCAGCCUCAGCCAGAGCCUGAACCAGAACCCGAAUCUCAGCCUGAGCCUGAACCGGAACCCGAACCUCAGCCAGAGCCGGAGCCUGGACCUCAGCCAGAGCCUGAACCAGAACCCGAACCUCAGCCGGAACCGGAGCCUGAACCUCAGUCAGAGCCGGAGCCUAAACCGGAACCCGAAUCACAACCUGAACCGGAACCCGAGCCACAACCUGAACCUGAACCACAGCCCGAGCCUGAGCCGGAGCCUGAGCCUGGACCUCAGCCGGAGCCUGAACCAGAACCCGUACCUCAGCCAGAGCCUGAGCCUGAACCGGAACCACAACCUGAACCGGAACCCGAACCACAACCUGAACCAGAACCCGUACCUCAGCCAGAGCCUGAGCCUGAACCGGAACCACAACCUGAACCGGAACCCGAACCACAACCUGAACCAGAACCACAGCCCGAGCCGGAGCCUGAACCUGAACCCGAACCUCAGCCUGAGCCGGAGCCUGAACCUGAACCACAGCCAGAGCCUGAGCCUGAGCCGGAACCACAACCUGAACCGGAACCCAAACCACAACCUGAACCUGAACCACAGCCCGAGCCGGAGCCUGAACCUGAACCACAGCCCGAGCCGGAGCCUGAACCUGAACCUCAGCCGGAGCCUGAACCAGAACCCGUACCUCAGCCAGAGCCUGAGCCUGAACCGGAACCACAACCUGAACCGGAACCCGAACCACAACCUGAACCAGAACCCGUACCUCAGCCAGAGCCUGAGCCUGAACCGGAACCAAAACCUGAACCGGAACCCGAACCACAACCUGAACCAGAACCACAGCCCGAGCCGGAGCCUGAACCUGAACCCGAACCUCAGCCUGAGCCUGAACCAGAACCCGAACCGCAGCCUGAACCAGAGCCUGAGCCUGAACCUCAACCAGAGCCUGAACCAGAACCCGAACCUCAGCCAGAGCCGGAACCUGAACCGGAACCCGAGCCACAACCUGAACCUGAACCACAGCCCGAGCCGGAGCCUGAACCUGAACCACAGCCAGAGCCGGAACCCGAACCUCAGCCUGAGCCAGAGCCUGUACCUGAACCACAACCAGAACCCGAACCGGAGCCUGAACCUGAACCACAGCCAGAGCCGGAACCUGAACCUCAACCAGAACCUGAACCAGAACCCGAACCGCAGCCUGAACCAGAGCCUGAGCCUGAACCCGAACCUCAGCCAGAGCCGGAACCUGAACCUCAGCCAGAGCCUGAACCUGAACCUCAACCAGAGCCUGAACCAGAACCCGAACCUCAGCCAGAGCCGGAACCUGAACCUCAGCCUGAGCCAGAACCAGAACCCGAACCUCAGCCUGAACCAGAGCCUGAGCCUGAACCUCAGCCAGAGCCUGAACCAGAACCAGAACCUCAGCCUGAACCAGAGCCUGAGCCUGAACCAGAACCCGAACCGCAGCCUGAACCAGAGCCUGAGCCUGAACCUCAACCAGAGCCUGAACCAGAACCAGAGCCUGAACCAGAACCAGAACCUCAGCCUGAACCAGAGCCUGAGCCUGAACCAGAACCCGAACCUCAGCCUGAGCCAGAGCCUGAACCUGAACCACAGCCCGAGCCGGAGCCUGAACCUGAACCACAGCCAGAGCCUGAGCCUGAGCCGGAACCACAACCUGAACCGGAACCCAAACCACAACCUGAACCUGAACCACAACCAGAACCCGAACCGGAGCCUGAACCUGAACCACAGCCAGAGCCGGAACCUGAACCUCAACCAGAACCUGAACCAGAACCCGAACCGCAGCCUGAACCAGAGCCUGAGCCUGAACCCGAACCUCAGCCAGAGCCGGAACCUGAACCUCAGCCAGAGCCUGAACCUGAACCUCAACCAGAGCCUGAACCAGAACCCGAACCUCAGCCAGAGCCGGAACCUGAACCUCAGCCUGAGCCAGAACCAGAACCCGAACCUCAGCCUGAACCAGAGCCUGAACCUGAACCUCAGCCAGAGCCUGAACCAGAACCAGAACCUCAGCCUGAACCAGAGCCUGAGCCUGAACCAGAACCCGAACCGCAGCCUGAACCAGAGCGUGAGCCUGAACCUCAACCAGAGCCUGAACCAGAACCAGAGCCUGAACCAGAACCAGAACCUCAGCCUGAACCAGAGCCUGAGCCUGAACCAGAACCCGAACCACAGCCAGAGCCGGAACCCGAACCUCAGCCUGAGCCAGAGCCUGUACCUGAACCACAACCAGAACCCGAACCGGAGCCUGAACCUGAACCACAACCAGAGCCGGAACCUGAACCUCAACCAGAGCCUGAACCAGAACCCGAACCUCAGCCUGAGCCAGAACCCGAACCACAACCUGAACCGGAACCCGAGCCACAACCUGAACCUGAACCACAGCCCGAGCCGGAGCCUGAACCUGAACCACAGCCAGAGCCUGAGCCUGAGCCGGAACCACAACCUGAACCGGAACCCAAACCACAACCUGAACCUGAACCACAGCCCGAGCCGGAGCCUGAACCUGAACCACAGCCCGAGCCGGAGCCUGAACCUGAACCACAGCCAGAGCCAGAGCCUGAGCCUGAACCACAACCAGAACCCGAACCGGAGCCUGAACCUGAACCACAGCCAGAGCCGGAACCUGAACCUCAACCAGAACCUGAACCAGAACCCGAACCGCAGCCUGAGCCGGAGCCUGAACCUGAACCUCAACCAGAGCCUGAACCAGAACCCGAACCUCAGCCUGAGCCAGAACCCGAACCACAACCUGAACCGGAACCCGAGCCACAACCUGAACCUGAACCACAGCCCGAGCCGGAGCCUGAACCUGAACCACAGCCAGAGCCUGAGCCUGAGCCGGAACCACAACCUGAACCGGAACCCGAGCCACAACCUGAACCUGAACCACAGCCCGAGCCGGAGCCUGAACCUGAACCACAGCCCGAGCCGGAACCCGAACCUCAGCCUGAGCCAGAGCCUGAGCCUGAACCACAACCAGAACCCGAACCGGAGCCUGAACCUGAACCACAGCCAGAGCCGGAACCUGAACCUCAACCAGAACCUGAACCAGAACCUGAACCGCAGCCUGAGCCGGAGCCUGAACCUGAACCACAACCAGAGCCGGAACCUGAACCUCAACCAGAGCCUGAACCAGAACCCGAACCUCAGCCUGAGCCAGAACCCGAACCACAACCUGAACCGGAACCCGAGCCACAACCUGAACCUGAACCACAGCCCGAGCCGGAGCCUGAACCUGAACCACAGCCAGAGCCUGAGCCUGAGCCGGAACCACAACCUGAACCGGAACCCGAGCCACAACCUGAACCUGAACCACAGCCCGAGCCGGAGCCUGAACCUGAACCACAGCCCGAGCCGGAGCCUGAACCUGAACCACAACCAGAGCCGGAACCUGAACCUCAACCAGAGCCUGAACCAGAACCCGAACCUCAGCCUGAGCCAGAGCCUGAACCUGAACCACAGCCCGAGCCGGAGCCUGAACCUGAACCACAGCCGGAGCCUGAGCCUGAGCCGGAACCACAACCUGAACCGGAACCCGAGCCACAACCUGAACCUGAACCACAGCCCGAGCCGGAGCCUGAACCUGAACCACAGCCCGAGCCGGAGCCUGAACCUGAACCACAGCCAGAGCCGGAACCCGAACCUCAGCCUGAGCCAGAGCCUGAGCCUGAACCACAACCAAAACCCGAACCGGAGCCUGAACCUGAACCACAGCCAGAGCCGGAACCUGAACCUCAACCAGAACCUGAACCAGAACCCGAACCGCAGCCUGAGCCGGAGCCUGAACCUGAACCUCAACCAGAGCCUGAACCAGAACCCGAACCUCAGCCUGAGCCAGAGCCUGAACCUGAACCACAGCCCGAGCCGGAGCCUGAACCUGAACCACAGCCAGAGCCUGAGCCUGAGCCGGAACCACAACCUGAACCGGAACCCGAGCCACAACCUGAACCUGAACCACAGCCCGAGCCGGAGCCUGAACCUGAACCACAACCCGAGCCGGAACCCGAACCUCAGCCUGAGCCAGAGCCUGAGCCUGAACCACAACCAGAACCCGAACCGGAGCCUGAACCUGAACCACAGCCAGAGCCGGAACCUGAACCUCAACCAGAACCUGAACCAGAACCCGAACCGCAGCCUGAGCCGGAGCCUGAACCUGAACCACAACCAGAGCCGGAACCUGAACCUGAACCACAGCCAGAGCCGGAACCUGAACCUCAACCAGAACCUGAACCAGAACCCGAACCGCAGCCUGAGCCGGAGCCUGAACCUGAACCUCAACCAGAACCUGAACCAGAACCCGAACCGCAGCCUGAGCCGGAGCCUGAACCUGAACCACAACCAGAGCCGGAACCUGAACCUGAACCACAGCCAGAGCCGGAACCUGAACCUCAACCAGAACCUGAACCAGAACCCGAACCGCAGCCUGAGCCGGAGCCUGAACCUGAACCUCAACCAGAGCCUGAACCAGAACCCGAACCUCAGCCUGAGCCAGAGCCUGAACCUGAACCACAGCCCGAGCCGGAGCCUGAACCUGAACCACAGCCAGAGCCUGAGCCUGAGCCGGAACCACAACCUGAACCGGAACCCGAGCCACAACCUGAACCUGAACCACAGCCCGAGCCGGAGCCUGAACCUGAACCACAGCCCGAGCCGGAACCCGAACCUCAGCCUGAGCCAGAGCCUGAGCCUGAACCACAACCAGAACCCGAACCGGAGCCUGAACCUGAACCACAGCCAGAGCCGGAACCUGAACCUCAGCCAGAGCCUGAACCAGAACCCGAACCUCAGCCUGAGCCAGAGCCUGAACCUGAACCACAGCCAGAGCCUGAGCCUGAGCCGGAACCACAACCUGAACCGGAACCCGAGCCACAACCUGAACCUGAACCACAGCCCGAGCCGGAGCCUGAACCUGAACCACAGCCCGAGCCGGAGCCUGAACCUGAACCACAGCCCGAGCCGGAGCCUGAACCUGAACCAGAGCCUGAACCAGAACCCGAACCUCAGCCUGAGCCAGAGCCUGAACCUGAACCACAGCCCGAGCCGGAGCCUGAACCUGAACCACAGCCAGAGCCUGAGCCUGAGCCGGAACCACAACCUGAACCGGAACCCGAGCCACAACCUGAACCUGAACCACAGCCCGAGCCGGAGCCUGAACCUGAACCACAGCCCGAGCCGGAGCCUGAACCUGAACCACAGCCAGAGCCGGAACCCGAACCUCAGCCUGAGCCAGAGCCUGAGCCUGAACCACAACCAGAACCCGAACCGGAGCCUGAACCUGAACCACAGCCAGAGCCGGAACCUGAACCUCAACCAGAACCUGAACCAGAACCCGAACCGCAGCCUGAGCCGGAGCCUGAACCUGAACCACAACCAGAGCCGGAACCUGAACCUGAACCACAGCCAGAGCCGGAACCUGAACCUCAACCAGAACCUGAACCAGAACCCGAACCGCAGCCUGAGCCGGAGCCUGAACCUGAACCUCAACCAGAACCUGAACCAGAACCCGAACCGCAGCCUGAGCCGGAGCCUGAACCUGAACCACAACCAGAGCCGGAACCUGAACCUGAACCACAGCCAGAGCCGGAACCUGAACCUCAACCAGAACCUGAACCAGAACCCGAACCGCAGCCUGAGCCGGAGCCUGAACCUGAACCUCAACCAGAGCCUGAACCAGAACCCGAACCUCAGCCUGAGCCAGAGCCUGAACCUGAACCACAGCCCGAGCCGGAGCCUGAACCUGAACCACAGCCAGAGCCUGAGCCUGAGCCGGAACCACAACCUGAACCGGAACCCGAGCCACAACCUGAACCUGAACCACAGCCCGAGCCGGAGCCUGAACCUGAACCACAGCCCGAGCCGGAACCCGAACCUCAGCCUGAGCCAGAGCCUGAGCCUGAACCACAACCAGAACCCGAACCGGAGCCUGAACCUGAACCACAGCCAGAGCCGGAACCUGAACCUCAGCCAGAGCCUGAACCAGAACCCGAACCUCAGCCUGAGCCAGAGCCUGAACCUGAACCACAGCCCGAGCCGGAGCCUGAACCUGAACCACAGCCAGAGCCUGAGCCUGAGCCGGAACCACAACCUGAACCGGAACCCGAGCCACAACCUGAACCUGAACCACAGCCCGAGCCGGAGCCUGAACCUGAACCACAGCCCGAGCCGGAGCCUGAACCUGAACCAGAGCCUGAACCAGAACCCGAACCUCAGCCUGAGCCAGAGCCUGAACCUGAACCACAGCCCGAGCCGGAGCCUGAACCUGAACCACAGCCAGAGCCUGAGCCUGAGCCGGAACCACAACCUGAACCGGAACCCGAGCCACAACCUGAACCUGAACCACAGCCCGAGCCGGAGCCUGAACCUGAACCACAGCCCGAGCCGGAGCCUGAACCUGAACCACAGCCAGAGCCGGAACCCGAACCUCAGCCUGAGCCAGAGCCUGAGCCUGAACCACAACCAGAACCCGAACCGGAGCCUGAACCUGAACCACAGCCAGAGCCGGAACCUGAACCUCAGCCUGAGCCUGAACCAGAACCCGAACCGCAGCCAGAGCCUGAGCCUGAACCUCACCCAGAGCCUGAACCAGAACCCGAACCUCAGCCAAAGCCUGAGCCUGAACCGGAACCACAACCUGAACCGGAACCCGAACCACAACCUGAACCAGAACCCGAACCACAACCUGAACCGGAACCCGAGCCACAACCUGAACCUGAACCACAGCCCGAGCCGGAGCCUGAACCUGAACCACAGCCCGAGCCGGAGCCUGAACCUGAACCACAGCCAGAGCCGGAACCCGAUCCUCAGCCAGAGCCGGAACCUGAACCGGAACCUGAGCCACAACCUGAACCGGAACCCGAGCCACAACCUGAACCUGAACCACAGCCCGAGCCUGAGCCUGAACCGGAACCACAACCUGAACCGGAACCCGAACCACAACCUGAACCAGAACCCGAACCACAACCUGAACCGGAACCCGAGCCACAACCUGAACCUGAACCACAGCCCGAGCCGGAGCCUGAACCUGAACCACAACCAGAGGAAUCAACUAACAACGAAAAAACAAGCUUUUGGAAUCCCAUGACCAUAUCGUUGCUGAGGUUCGAAUCUCAGCCAGAGCCGGAGCCUGAACCGGAACCACAACCUGAACCGGAACCCGAACCACAACCUGAACCGGAACCCGAACCACAACCUGAACCGGAUCCCGAGCCACAACCUGAACCUGAACCACAGCCCGAGCCGGAGCCUGAACCUGAACCACUACAAUAA